GCUGCAAAGCAACCCAAUAGGAAAACCAUAGAAACAAGGAAAUUUAUUUUUUCUAAGCCUGAAAAAUGUAUUGGACUUUCAAUUCAAAAUUCUUUUUCUGAUUUGUUUUCUCAGAUGGAAGAACUCAAAUCAGACCUAGUUCUUCUUUACUAAAAAAAUGUUGAUAAGAAGAUUAAAAACCCUGCUUAAUCCCUUGUCUGAUCCUCACCUCCGUCUCAUAGCCACCGAGUCAACUCAAAAUCAACUCAGCAACCCAUCUAACUGUCUCAAUCCCAUAACUCCAAUCAACCAACCCACUCUUCUGAAAGUCUGUACCAUCCUCUACCAACAGCAAAACUCACCUGACUCACGCCUCCACUCAUCCCUCUCUUCUUACAAUCCUUCUUUCAACCCUGAAUUCUUCCUUCAAGUUUGCAACACUUUCCCAUACUCCUGGCGCCCCAUCUACUGAUUCUUCCUCUACACCCAAAAAGUCCCUCACUUCACUCACAACUCCGUCACCUUCAACAAAAUGUUGGAUGUCGUUGGAAAAUCCAAAAACAUUCACCAUUUUUGGGAAACUUGUCAGGAGAUGGGAAAACUUGGUUUGGUCAAUGAUAAGACCUUUAGGAUAGCUUUAAAGACCCUAGCAUUAGCUAGGGAGUUGAAGAAAUGUGUUGGUUUUUUCCAUUUGAUGAAUGGGUUUGGGGUUGGAUACAAGUUGGAGACUUUAAAUACAGUGGUGGAAAGUUUAUGCGAGGAUAAGCUUGUGGAAGAGGCAAAGUUUGUUACUUUCAAGUUGAAAGAGUGUGUUAAGCCAAAUGGGGUUACUUAUAAGUGGUUGAUAUGGGGGUUUUGUGAUCUGGGUAAUUUGAUUGAGGCCUCAAAAAUUUGGAAUCUGAUGGUGGAUGAAGGGUUUGAGCCUGAUGUUGAGGUUGUGGAGACAAUGAUGGAGGCACUUUUUAAGACUAAUAAAUAUGAUGAAGCAAUGAAGGUUUUCCAAAUGAUGAGAGUUAAGAGAAUGCAUGAUUUGGGGCUUUCAAGUUAUAGGCUUGUGAUCAAGUGGAUGUGUAAGAGAGGCAAGAUCGAGCAAGCCAAUGGGAUGUUUGAAGAAAUGUGCCAAAGAGGGAUCCAAGCUGAUAAUUUGACCUUGGCUUCAAUUAUUUACGGGCUUUUAGCAAGGGGGAGGAUUAGAGAGGCUUAUAGGAUUGUGGAAGGAAUUGAGAAUCCGGAUAUCAGCAUUUACCAUGGACUAAUAAAGGGGCUUUUGAGGUUGAGGAAGGCAGGGGAAGCAACACAAGUGUUUAGAGAGAUGAUAAAGAGAGGGUGUGAGGCCUCUAAUGCAUACAUAUAUCAUGUUACUGCAAGGUCAUUUGGGGAAGAAAGGGAGGAAAGGACAUGAUCCAUUGGUGAAUUUUGACUCAAUAUUUGUUGGGGGCUUGAUUAAGGCUGGAAAGACAGUAGAGGCUACCAAGUAUGUGGAGAGAACAAUGAAAAGAGGAAUGGAAGUGCCUAGAUUGAUUACAAUAAAUGCCUAACAUGACACUAGUUCCAUUGCUCCCAAGACUCAAGAAAAUAUAUGCCUAACAUCUUUGUGUACCCACGGGCAAAACACACACACAAACAAUCAACAGUAGGAAGAUAGUUUUCGUGAGAGGGAGAAACCCAUAAGUUUUUCUCUGCCGGUUCUGUUUGUUGUGAUGUUGAAAUUCCCUGCUUCAUGGGAGAGUCAUUUCAGGUAUGAAUCUUUGCUUCAACAUUGUCUUUUCCGUUUCUCUUUUAAUUUAAGAACUAUGCUAUUGUUCUGGUAUUUCUUGGUUUAUUUUAUGGCUUUUGGUUUUCAGGUUUAGAAAUCAGCAGUAAAAAAAGUCUGUCAAUUACUUAAAUGGGAAGCAAAAAAUCUGAAAUUGUACUCGGAAUUUUCUCUUUUCGUUUUUUUUCAUAAAUAUUACAAUAAAUGAAACUAACCAGUUGGCAGUAAAUGACCAGCUUAUUCCCAUAUUCUGUUCUAUUUUUCCUAUAUUUCUAAUGUUCCUUUCUCCCUUUUUAGCUACUUUUUUUUCCAUUCUUUACAAAUAUUUUCCUUCUUUCUUGUUUUUUCCUCUCUCUUAAUAUCCUUUCAAUUUUUUCCUUAAAAUUUUUUAGGUUCGGGUAACCAAAUUCUGUUUUUUGUUUUUUGCUGUUUCUUUUCAUUUCUUUUUGUAAUUUUUGAAACCCCCUACAUCAUUGGAGAUUGAUUUCAGGUAUGAAUAUAAUUAAACUAUCUCUUUCCUCAUUAUCUCUGUUUUUGGUUGCAGAUAUAUGCUUAUUUUUACUAAUAUUUUCAUUGUGUUUUUUUCAGGGAUUUUGUUUUUUUAACAAUAAUAGUUUUUUACCAAUGUGAGUAAGUUUAGGUUUUAUUAUCUAUUAAAUAUAUAUAAAACUAAUUGACCCGACGUACAUAAAACAAAUCAAUGUAGUCCGAUGUUCUGCCUUCGAAAGAUGAAAAUGUACAAUUGGUAGCACUGUUAUAUUCCCUCCCUAUAAAUUACAAAACCAAUUACUGUACCCCUCUAAAUAUUUUAUCUUACCGGUAAAAAUAAAAUAAAAAUAUUAUAAUAUUGUAGUGCCAAAAAGGAAAAGAACAGGAUUGAAUUCAUGAAUCAGUGGAAGCUUCUUCUUCCCAAUGAAAGAGUCGACAUUUCAGGUAUGAAUAUUUAGUUUUCCUCUGUUUUUGCCUUUUCAUGUCUUUUUUUGUUUCAUAUCUAUGCUUCUCUACUUGUAUUAUGUACACGCCUCUGUACAUGUUUUUUUGGUUUUCAAGAUUGAUUGGUUCCACUGAUCUUGUAUUAUAUAUAUUAAUUCGAAAUCUGAAACUGCUUUUAUGUUUUUUGAACAUCAUGCUUCGGAUUUUUCUGUUUUGUCAUAAAGAAUCUUGUAUCCUGUACACAUUUAAGUUUUGUGCUAUUGUUAAUUUUCCCUAUUCUGCUUGGAGGAUAUCCCUACCAUAUCCCAAUUCUGAUUGGUUCCACUCAUCUUGUAAUAUAUAUAUUAAUUCGAAAUCUGAAACUGCUUUUAUGUUUUUUGAA